GCAGAUCACAAAGGCCGAGGGGGCCUCUCUUGCCGCCAAGUACGGCUGCUUGUUCUACGAAGUCUCGGCUUGCCUGCACUUUGAAUCUGUGCAGCAUGUCUUCCAUGAGGCCGUUCGGGAAGUGAGGCGGGAGAUGGAAAGGCACAUGGCGGUCCGCCCCCUGUUCAUCGUUGAAGAGAAGUCCCCCCUCCACUUCCUCUCGCCAGCUGCCGCAGCCUCCAAGCACGGCUUGGCCAGUUGCACAUUCAACACACUUUCAACAGUCAACUACAAGGAAAUCCCUUCGGUGGCCCAAGCCAAGCUGGUCACGGUGAAAUCUUCGCGGGCUCAGAGCAAGAGGAAGGCUCCGGCCUUGACUUUGCUGAAGGGCUUUAAGAUCUUUUGAGGCGAGCCACAAGGCGGCCCCGUGGACCGCAGAGGAAACGAGCCCCCGCCAACGGUGGAACAAAAUGGACGGCCAUUUUGAAGACGAACAUUCUGCAGGCCGUGCAACUUUGGCCGCGCAACAAAGCAUGCUAGGAGAAACAGCGGAGUGGACUGUGAGCAAGCCAUGGAUUCAAGGCCAAACCAAAUAUUUCUGUACAGCUGCCACAUUUUGAUCCAGGUCAUCUUUCAGAGAAUUUUGGGCAGCAUUCCUGGUUCUCCCCCCACACUCCAUUUAAUCUUCAAAACCACCCUGUGAGGUAGAGUAGGCUGAGAAAGAGACCAAAGUCACCCAGUUACUUGACACCAGAUUAGAACUCGGGCUGCCCUACUACCACUGGACCAACCUGCAUUUUCCUGCAUUUCAACUGGCGUUGGGAUUGGGACUUUUUUUUUACCCCUGAGCCAUCUGCGUGUGGGGAAAACUAAACCUGGUUGUCUUUGUUCAUGGUGACUGUGCACUCCACCGCAGAAUGAGGAUCCAGCAAAGCACAGAGUCUGGAACCAUCUCAUUGCUAUCGGGAUGAAAUUUGGAUGGAGCUUCUGCCACAGGUGCAGGUAUCUCACCUGGGCACGGUACAAGCCGAAGGGCAAAAGUACCUUUGCUCGUUGGCCAGAGACAUACCCGGAGACAGCUGUUCUCUGGGCGCGCCCCCCCCCCGCUACACCAGGAGGUGGGGCUCAGGGGUAGGGCCCCACCCCCUCAGCCCUGCCCUCCAGGCCUCGCCCCUCUCCGCUCCCAGCUGGCAGCCGGCAGUCCCUUCUGCCCUCCCCUCUGGAGAGAGCAGAAGUAACCGAAAAGCUCCAUCCUUGGCUCCUUUGCUUUUACAAGCACGGCGUGGGGCUUGGGGGCAAGGCCACGUCCCCGAGGGGUGGAGCACCACCCCCAAGCCUUGCCCCCAUGCUUAUAAAAACAAAGGAGCUGAGGACGGAGCUUUUCAGUCCCUUUGUGUGGAACUGAUGAAAGACCGAGAAACCUGGGGAGGGGGCAAGUUCUCUCGUGGAAACAGGUUCGCCUUCCUGCACCCAGGUCUCGGUCACGCAAGCCAGGUCCAUUGUAUGUGCCACAAGAUAAUCUUGCAGUGCUCCAGCCUUAUUAUUGAUGUAUCUGGCAUGACACAUCAUCUGUGCUGGAGAAGGUGUCAGAUUCCUAGCCUCACCACUUUCAUUUCUUGGGAUGGGGCGGAGGUGUCUCUUCUCUUAAUAUAGAGGAGAAGG